AAAGCAAAGUCUUUCUUUUUUUAAAAAAAAAAACUUAGCAUGUGCAAUCUAGGGGUAGCUGCUGAUGUGGACCCACCUGUCAUGUACUGUUACGGGAUGCGUGACUGUGAGCCAUUAGCUGUGUACAUUGCGGCAAAAGCUGAAAAAACUCCCCCCCAAUACAAACGUUGUUUAAUGAAAAACGCACGUGCUCCAUGUGCGGAUUGGCCUCCGCCCACGUUAUAUACUAUAGUCUCUAUAGACAAAGCCUCCUCGACCAGUCUUGUGCCGCACAAACUCUCACACGCAUUUUCCUCUCCUUCUCGGCUUCUCCCCCUCCCUGUGUGUCCAGUUGUGCACUAGCUAAUUCUAGACGGCAAGCAGGCAAGAGGAGGAAGAAGGAAGACCCCGGCGAGGCGCCAUGGAAGCAGCAGCUGAUGCCUUGCCCUGGGCAGCGCAGUGCGCGGGCAUGGCCCUCCUCGCCUCUUCCCUCUGCGUGGUGGCGCUGGCCCUGGUGCUGCUGCUCCUCCGCCGCUGGCCGUGGUGCAGCUGCCACGUCUGCCGGGCGUACCUGACGGGGUCGUGGGCGCGGGACUUCACCAACCUGGGAGACUGGUACGCGCACCUCCUCCGGGAGUCGCCCACCGGCACCGUCCACGUCCACGUGCUGGGCUGCACCGUCACGGCCAACCCGGCCAACGUGGAGUACAUGCUCAAGACCAACUUCGACAACUUCCCCAAGGGCAAGACCUUCGCGGCGCUCCUCGGGGACCUCCUCGGCCGCGGCAUCUUCAACGUGGACGGCCACGCCUGGCGGCACCAGCGCAAGAUGGCCAGCCUGGAGCUCGGCAGCGUCACCGUGCGCUCCUACGCGUUCGGGAUCAUCGCGCAGGAGGUGGAGGCCCGGCUCCUGCCGCUGCUCGCCGGCGCCGCCGACUCCGGCGCGGUGGUCGACCUGCAGGACGUGUUCCGCCGCUUCGCCUUCGACACCAUCUGCAAGAUCUCCUUCGGCCUCGACCCGGGCUGCCUGGAGCCGGAGAUGCCCGUGUCCGAGCUCGCCGACGCGUUCGACACCGCCACGCGCCUCAGCGCCACGCGCGGCGCCGCCGCGGCGCCGCUGCUGUGGAGGGCCAAGCGCCUGCUCAACGUCGGCUCGGAGAGGGAGCUCAGGGCGGCCAUCAAGCUGGUCGACGAGCUCGCGGCCACCGUCAUCCGGGAGCGCCGUAAGCUGGGCGUCGCACCCAGCGGCCACGACCUCUUGUCCCGCUUUAUGGCCUCAGCCGGGGCCGACGACGACGAUAGGUACCUGCGCGACAUCGUCGUCAGCUUCCUCCUCGCGGGGCGCGACACCGUGUCCUCCGCGCUCACGACGCUCUUCAUGCUCCUGUCCGAGAACCCGGGCGUGGCGGCCGCCAUGCGCGCCGAGGCCGGCGACGGCGACGGCGGCCCGGCGCCGCCGCUCACCUACGAGCACCUGAAGCGCCUGCACUACACCCACGCGGUGCUGUACGAGAACAUGCGGCUGUUCCCGCCGGUGCAGUUCGACUCCAAGUUCUGCGCGGGGCCCGACGUGCUCCCCGACGGCACCUACGUGCCGGGCGGCACGCGCGUGAUGUACCACCCCUACGCCAUGGGCCGCAUGCCGCGCAUCUGGGGCGCCGACCACGGCGCCUUCCGCCCGGGCCGCUGGCUCACCGGCGCCGGCGGCUCGUUCGUCCCAGAGAGCCUGUACAGGUACCCGGUGUUCCAGGCGGGCCUCCGCGUGUGCCUCGGCAAGGAGCUCGCCGUCACCGAGAUGAAGGCGGUCGCGGUGGCCGUCGUGAGGGCGUUCGACGUCCACGUCGUCGGGGACAGUAGCAGCGCCGCCUGCAAGCCGAAGUUCGUGUCGGGGCUCACCGCGUCCAUCAGCGGCGGGCUCCCGGUGAGGAUCAGUAGACGAGUUCGAAGCUAGAGAUUCUUGUUUUCUUCUAAAAAACCUAAAAAAAACAAGUAGAGGCUAGAUCAUCGGUAGAUUGUUUCAUCGCGGAUAAUGUACAUAGACAAAUUCAAAGAAGAGGGAACGAAAGAGCAAGCAUGCAACAGAAAGCAAACUGUUACCACCACUGUUUGAUGAGAUGAGUCCACUGGCCUGCCUGUGAUUAGCAAACAGUUCAUUUCGUCUUCUUCGUAAAGAAACAAUCCGUUUCCGUGAUUCAGUUCCCCUUUUUUUCAUGCUUUCUUUCUUUCUGGGUGUCUGUUUCUCCCCAUGCACGCUUUACUCCACUUCAGAAGCCGCCAACUCCAGCAGCAGAGGUUUUCAGUCACAUGCCAUGCAGUAGCACUAGCAGGUUCAGAGAGCUCUGGACGGACCAUCCUGAAUU